CCGACCUCCAUCUUCUGAGGCCAGCCACUUGUAGCGCUGUGGCACUCACUCGUGCGUCUUCGGUGCUUGGCAACAACAUGCAGAUAACGUCAGACGUCCUGCGCCCUUCAGAUGUGUCCUCAAUCCAGCUGUACAUCGUCGAUCAGUGCAACCGACAAGGCAAGACCAUGUACGUCAUGAACGCUCUGCACUCAGGUACUCGGGCGAAGUGGGCUGUCGAGCACAGCUACUCUGAGUUUCUCAGCCUUCGAAACAAGCUGAACAUGUGCAUCAAAUUUGCCAGACAUCGAUGUCCAGGCUGCGUGAGCUACUCGCGCAUGUUGGAUCGAUUCCCAUUUCCUCCAAAGAAGCUAUUCCAUCUCUUGAACGGUGUAAUCGUGCAACGGAAUCUCCAGCUCUCGCGCUUCAUGGCCAACGUGAUGUCACAUACGUUCACGUCCACGCCCAAAUGCAACUUAUGCGGUGGUGCUGCAUUUGACUUGACGAAAGCAUUCCUUUUGGACGGCGCAACGUCCAUGAACGGCGCAUUUACCAUGACCGCGAUUGCCGACUCCUUGACCCCACGGGCCUUCUUCGUCGAGUAUUGUCGUUCGGCGAGCAAAAUUGAAUGCUACAAAGGACGCACCAUCGUUAAAGUGGUCCAAGUUCAGCGAAUACCGCUGGCUGCCCUUGUGCCUCGGCCCCAGCCACCUUCGCCGUCGACGGCUCCAACCUCCGUGUGCGAAGACGAAGAGUUUUCAACGCUGGCACAUAUCCUCGACGGCGAACUUGGGCACAUCAACAGCGUGUCCGUCGUCUAAUCCCCCUCAUUCCUGCUAGCACCACCGACAGAAGUGGCGCAACCUAAUCCUAUUUGAACAUGAUUUUGAUUUUUG